AGUACCUAUUAAAAUUGUUAUUUAAUCAAUAAUUCACCAUUUAAAAAAGAACCUAAAAAAAUGUAUGAAAUCAUAAUUUAUCAAUACAUUAGUGAUCAAAAUAAGCAGUAUCAUGAAUAUUCAAAAGAUUUGUUUUCAUAGAAGGAUUUGAAGAUUUAGGAAGAACAAGUAAAACUGCUAAUAUUGCAUUAGAAUUUAUGACAGGGGUCUUUAUACUUCAUGAUAGAUUUUAAUUGCUUAUAUUUUAGCUCAUUCUGCUGUCAAAAAAAAUAUUUUAAAAAACGCUUAUCAUUGAUGUUUAACGACAAUUAAUUGACGUUGGUUCGUAUGUGAUCAAAGAACUAGGUAAUAACCAAAGUGCUCUAAAUUCAUUGAUUAUUUUAGAAGAUAAAUCAUUUAUACAUGUGCAUGAACAAAAAAUGUUUGCCUUAUUUAACAAACCCCAAAAAACAAGAAAUAAUUUCAUUGAAAGUAAUUUUCAAAAAAGAUAAAAUAAUAUCUUUUAAUAAUAUUGUACAAAGAUAAUAUGAUAUAGACAAAAAACAUUAAAAGCAAGGCAUAAUUGAAAAUUAAAAAUGCACACAUAAUAUGACCAAAUUCUUUUUAAAAAUGCGUAUUAAGUUAGUUGCUCUAAUAUUUAGCCAUGUCGCCUACCGCAACGAAAAAGGUCGUAUCUCGAUUUUUGUCAUUUUUCAGUUACGACUAUAUUCGUAUAGGAAAUAAUUUUCUUCAUCUCCCACGAAAACUGUCGUAUCUCUAGCUAUCCAAGGAGUUUAGAUAAUGUCUUAAUUUAAUUUUUAUUGAUAUUUGUAUUUCCCGCGAAAACAAACGUAUGUUUAGAUACGACUCUUUGAUUACAACUAUUUCCCGCGAAAACAGACGUACGUUCAGAUACGACGCUUUGAUAACAAGUUCAGUAAUCAAUAAUCAAUUUAAUAUUAUAAUGUGAAUAAUGAAUUAUUUUUAUAACUCCUUUCUAUUAUACAUUGUAUUAUAAUGGAAGGAGUUAUUUUAAUUUCGUCAUUAUAAUUUUAUUCUCUAUUUCUUAAUAAUAAUAUGGAAAACAAAUUGUCUACGGAAAUGAAUGGUGAAAAUAAUAAUAAUAUUAUGGAUUCAAUUGAUUUUUCCUCCGAUUCUGAUAGUUUAUUAGACACAUAUUAUUAUGGCUGUUUAAGUAGUGACGAGAGUAGUGAUGAUGUCAGUCAACUAAUUCCUACUAAUAACAAUGUACCAGUAACAAUCAUCAAUCAGGAUUUGUGGUGUAUUGAUGACAGUGGUAGUGAACACUACGAUAGUGAUAAAGACCCAGAGUACAUACCACAGUUGGACAAUUUUAAUUUAGUUGAUGAAGCUCUUGUUUAUAAUGGGCCUGUUACUGAUAAUUAUGACCUUGAUGUGAAUAAUGUUGUGAAUAAUAAUAAUAUAAUAACUAAAAAAAAAACGUGUAAUGAUACCUAAAGAAAAAGUUCAGAGAAAACGUCAAAGAAAAGUAUCUGAUUGGAAGGAUGUUAGAGCAAAGUGUGAAUUAAAUAUAGGUAUUGAACAUAUCAAUCGAUCUGGUAAAAAGAAAAACGCAGUAGAAAUGGGUCCUCCAUGUAAAUGCAAGCUAAGAUGUUUUGAUAAAGUAAGUGAAGAUUUACGUAAGAAAAUAUUCAUAGAAUACUGGAGCUUAGGGGAUCAUACUCGUCAGUGGGACUUUAUAGCCAGGUAUGUAACAACAGAUGAAAAAAAAGUAACAACACAAUCAACUAGGUCGCGUAGAACAUAUUAUAAUUAUAAUCAAUUUAAAGUUGUUUUAUUUUAUUUAAUAUUGUAAUUUUCUUUAUUAUAAUAUUUAAAAAUUAUAAUAUUGUUAUUGGUUUUAUAAUGAGUAAUUAUAACUACUACUAGUAUUUUAACAGUUUUAACAAGUUUGU